GCCGCUGCCGCUUCUCUCGUGGUCGGCCGCAGUCCAGGCUGGUCCCCGCGUGAAGAUAAAGCGGCGCACUGGCAACGUUCCCUCGCAAACGUGACCUUGAUGGGCGCUUCUGCUACUGCCUCACUAUUCCUGGAGCUGCUGAAAAGAGUUCCGCAGCAGCAGUUGCACCAGCAGGGCAGCAGCUUGCCUUCAGUCGCCUACGCGGCGUCGGACUUGCCGCCCUCCCGAGAAGCCAACGCUACGCGCAGUGCCAACGACGAGCCUUCCUUGUCAUGGAUGCCCUACCAGAACAACGCUCUCGUGAGUCUGGUCCUCUACGGGGUUUUCUCCGUCCUCGGCACGACGCUGAACAUCUUCCAGAUCUCGUCGCUCUUCAUCCAAGAGAACCUCCGGCGCAAGGGCAACGUCCUCGUGGCCAAUCUGGCGAUCGCGAACCUUCUGGUCACAUCCGUCGGCUUUCCCAUCACCAUAGUGGCCAUCCUGGCCGGUUGCCAGGGAAGCAUGAUUACCUGCCACUGGCAGUGGUACCCAGCCCUGCUGGGCUUCUACGCCAGCGUCUUCACCUUCCUGUUCAUCGCGGGCGAAAACUACGUGCGAAGCUGCCGCCAGGAGAGCGACGUCUACUCGUCCGUAUGCGGCGCCAAACUAGUCGCGUUCCUCGUGUUCGCCGCGUGGACCAUAGCCAUUGCCAUGGUGCUCGUGGUCACGCUGGUCACGGGCGGUCUGGACGUGUGCGAGAGAGACAUGCGCGAGAGCAAAAUGUUCGUGGCACUCUCCGUGCCGUGCGUACUCACCGCCGCCGUGUUCGUCAAGGCGAUGCACGAACAGCGAGACUACACGUACAACCUCGAGCUGCGAAACUGCCUGGCCACUCGCGAGGAGAUCCUGCAGCGCAGCCUCCUUCGUACCAACGCCAUCGCGUAUUCGCUGUUUCUGCUCCUGUGGCUCCCGUUCCUGCUGACGGUCACCAUAAGCCCCUCGGUGCACACGUCGGGUCUCGGGGCUUCCGCGCUCGAGACUCUGUUUUUCGCCGCUCAGUGUUUUAGCUGCUUCUGUGGCUGCGUGUACGCCUUCACGCACGACGCUUUCCGUCAGGGGUUCCUCUACCUGGUCCACUACUUCUGCUGUAAGAGUCACCCGGAGUUCAGCAAGCCUCCCAUCGGCGACGAGAAGGGAGCCCCCGCGAUUCGCGUGCGCGUGGGCAUGGACUCGCGGGCGGGAGAGCGCAGGCAUCGCUACGGCAGGGCUGCCACCAUGGGGCUGCUCAGUUUUGCGGGCGGGGACACCUGUAGGACUCGUGUGGAAGAAGACUUUCUAUGAACGCCGGUGACUGUGAGGCACUCAGCGGUGACCGCGGAACUGGAAGGCUUUCGCGUGGUGCGUGCACAACGAAGUUGGAAGAAUACAAGAAAGGCGCCUGGCAUUUCGGACACUUUUCGAAAUGUGCCACACUAUAGUUGCUUGUCCAGGACCUUAGCUAUUUUUUUUAUUAUAUAUAUCCUUUCUGUGUGUGUGGAUAACUCCUUGGGGUCGUUCCACAUCUCCGCGGUGU